AUGGCAUGGCGUUUUCAGGCCUCAAAGUUCAAGAAUACGACCCCACAUCUCCCGAAAAAAGAGGAUACAAUAUUCGAUCUUCCCAUCGGCAACCUCUCAUGCACAAACAAUGGAGUGCAAGCAAGUAGCAGCUAUUUGGCAUUUCAUGUGGAAGGAGAAGGAGGGAAACUUGGCGCUUUGCCAAUUAAUGCUAAAGGAAGGAAACUACGAAAAGAUAUGUCCAUUGUGUGUGCACAUGCAGACCAGGUUGAUGACUUCUGCUUCAUGACCUUCAAUGAUGAUUUAUUGGUAACGUGCAGUCGGGAUGACAAUGACGUGGUGUACGUUGGGAAAACCCAGUGA